GCGCUAAUGAACUCGUCGGUGGUGAUUCGUAAAACAAGGUUUCUCUUUACCCUCAAGUAUUUUGUGUAAAACGGAUUAAAUAUUGCAAUUUUAUUCCAUUGUUUUAAGAUGAAAACGCAGUAAAACGAAUAAGAUAUUGACUUAAAAAAAGUUACUUAAUUAAAUUCGCUGUAAACAGAAGAAAUUCUUUGAAAAUGGCAAAUUAUCGUGGACGAAGCAAUACAAAAGCUGUUGCCUCUGAAACUUUGAGCUUAUUAUCUAGGAAGCCAAAGAAGCGAAUAUGGAAGGUCAAAGCGGCGCCUGAGAAUGAUGAAGAUGAAGACGAGGGUGCAAUUAAGGAGGUUGAUUAUACAAAAGCUCCUUUCGACACCGACAAGGUUUAUCAGUUGAUAUCUGACAUAGUUGAUAAAACUUUUCUCACUGAAGACGAAGAACCUUACGUGUAUAAUGCAAAUGAAAAUGUUAAUUUAUGUCAACGGAUCUCGAAAGAGAUUCGAGAUUCUCUUAAAACUUGGAGACAACUGAUGAGGUAUAGAAUCAUUGCAAUGGUGUCUGUUGUUGAAAAGAACCAUCAGGGAAUUCACAUGAAAAUGAAACAUCUCGUCGAUCCAAAAACCGAUAACUUUGUGAAAUAUUAUUUGGAUAAUCCCAACUUUUAUAUCCUCGUGUUCGUCGUAUUGAUUUUCCAGGAUUGAGCUGAAAUCAUCAGUUUUUAAAGGAUGAAAAGUAUGUGUACGUGUGUGUUGGGCUCUGAUAUCCCUUCGACGAUAAUAAAUAAACUUUUAUGAGCGUGAUAUUUAUCGGAAAGUAUAAAUAAAAUUUUUGAAUUAUUCAUUUCAUUUCUGGACGAAUGAGUUCAACGGCUUUCGGGGAUUUUCCUUGAAUUAAACCCACGCAAU